UUGUGUCACUUGCAAGCGCAUCGGCUGCCAAAUCAACAAAAAGUCCCACCCAUUCGUCCACGACGAAGUGAUAGAGUGAUCUAGAUUUCGAACUUGAGUGUGAACCAAUUCGCAAUAUCUUCCUGUAGACUCCACGAAAAGGACUCGCCUUGCCAUGAGCUAGUGCCGUUCGUUCGAGCCGUGCCACCCGUGCCGCGCGCACUCUCUGUCGGCUGCGUUCGCGCAACAAACAUGCCGGACCUGACGGAGGAGGAAGUGCACGAGGUGCUGGCCUUGGUGGAGGGAGGCAUGUCGGCGCGCGCGGUGGGUCGCGUCUUCGGCAAGGCGCACUCCGUCAUCAUCAGGGUGGUGCACCGGUUCCUGGACGACGGCCUCUUUCGUCGGCGUCCUGGACAAGGGCGUCCCAAGAAGAGCGCCGCCGCUAAAGACGCCCAGCAGGAGGGCAAGCGGAAACCGGCGUUGCCGGGCCGCUCGGCGUUGGCGAAGGACGUCCCCACCGCCACCAAGAAGACCCCAAAGCCCCCAGGGCGUGCAGCUCGCCGAGGGGCGCCGCAGCGGGGGGAUGCAGCAGCCGAUGUCGAACCUUCCAGACGCCGUCCACCUUCAGCCCCAGCGGAGCGGCGGGGCCGCUCGACGUCGGCGAAGGAUGUCCCCACCGCCACCAAGGAGAUAAAGAGGGCUCUUUACAAGGAGACCCUGAAGCGCCUAGGGCGUGCAGCCCGCCGUGGCCGCGGAGCGCCGCAGCAGGGCAAUGCAGUGGCCGCGGCAGAACCUACCAGUGACAGUCCACCUGCAUCACCAGCAGAGCGAGGGCAAGGCCCUCGGCCGAGUGCUGCACUGGGCUGUCUGGGGUGGAGUUUAGCUGGCCUUGCUGGUGGUGCUGGUCUAGCCAGGCCUAGGCCUGCUCGGUCCCCUGAUGCAGCUCGUCGCAAAGUCACCUCUGCCUCCAGAACUGGUCGCCCUGGCCGAGGCCCUGCACAGCGACGUGAUGGACACCCCAAACCGCGACUUGCACUACGCCGUCAUAGUCUUCGCAUUUCAGCAGGAUAGUGCACGGCCUCGCACCACUGGCAUCUGCCAUGGAGCAAGCCUGGACGUGCCCCCAUCGAGCUCACUCAAACUCGCAAACUUGCGCUACAAUAUUAUUAUUUUGAUAAGACUUAGUCAUUUUUGAUCUUUUUAUUGUUGUUUAGUUCAAGUUAAGUUUGGCUGCUUUAUAGUUUAGCUAAUAUAAUUGGGAAGUGAAAACAACAGGCAAGUAAUUGUCACAAAACAGGAAUUUUCUGUUUGAAAUUAUAUACAAGGGUGAUUCAUAUGAUUUGUUCAAUUAAAGUCAUUGACGAGCUUGUCUGUUCAUUUUUUUCCUGACUGUACUUACUUGUUAUACUGUAAGAAUGAAAUACAGGUUGAAUACAGAAAAGUCA